GCAGAUGACUCCCUGAAUAUUAACGAUAAAGGUCGGAUGAUAAUUUAGUAGCCUAACAUUACCAGAUUAAAACGUUUAGUGAGGAUGGUUUUAAGAAUUUAUCCUAACCCUUUUUCGUCAUGACCACACGGCGUUACGUCGGAUGAGCCUCAUCAAACCGUCAGUUUGGUAUCGAUACAAAACGGGUUUAUUAGGCAAAAACCCCGAAUAUUAUUUGCGCGAUAAAAAUAAUAAUAACGCGAGAGUUUGCAAGUUGCCAGAAGACUGUAGUUGCAGCUGUCAAAGGAAGAGUGGAUACGCGCAUGACUCAACACACAUUACUGUAGCCUAUUACUGUACACGGCCGCGAAGAUAAUUUCCGUAUAAAACCCCGAAAUAAUCCCGAGGUAAGGAACCGCAGACUGCACCGAAAGCGACCGAGGCGCGUGGCUAACGACCGUGACGACUGUCAGUCCGUCUCCAUCGAAGCCCCCGACCAGACCCGCUUGGAACAGCAGGUGUGAUGGCCAUGUAAGACCGGGAAAGGCGCAUAUACCGCGCGAGGUGUAGCCCUACCGCCUGACCCCCACGUGGGUGACCCCGGCCACCCGGCGGCUCGUGUUGGGUGACUCCCGACAUUGCAGCAUGGAGACCCCCAGUAGCCCCCGGCUGGGGAAGCUGUCAUCAGGGGGGGCUUCAAGAGGUCGUCCCCCCAAACAGGCCCACCCCCAGGAGGCUGCCAGGACCACAGCUACAGGCCCAGAGAGCAACAAACAGAGUCCUCCUUGUAGUGAAAGAGGGGAGGGGAAGAAGAAGGGGCGUCCCAGAGCUGAAGUACAGGAUCUGAGGAGUAUUCCUGCUAACAUGAUGGUCCAGUGGAAGGAUGAGUUUAAGAGGAGGUCAAGGGUAAAGUGUCCGUGUUCAGGCUGCUGGUUGGAGUUCCCCAGCAUCUACGGCCUCAAAUACCACUACCAACGCUGCCAGGGGGCAACCCUAGCGGAGAAGUUGAGUCAUGGCUGUCCGGACUGUGAGGCGGUGUUCGCCACUAAGGUUCGGCUCCAGAAGCACAAGCUGUGGAACCACCCAGAGAGAGUUACCGUGGAGACCACGGCCGAGCCCAAACUACAGAAGACCCCCGUGAAGGGGGCCGCCAAGAAAAGGCCUAUGGAGAUUACUACCCCAUCGCCGGUGUUCUUCAAAGUGAAGAAGACCCAGGAUGUGUCUAGUCCCUCCCAGAAUGGGGAGUGUUCCCCCCAGAGGGGGGAGAGGAAACAGCACACACACCCCCAGCCCCCUCAACAUCAACAUCAGGCCUCCUCCUCUGACACCUCCCCCAACACUCCGGAUGGCAGCGAGAGCGAUGGUGAGGGGGGAAGCCUCCUCCCACCGUAUCCAGAUGAAGACCCUGAGAGGACAAGGCACAGACGGAAGCAGAAAACUCCUAAAAAGUUCACUGGAGAACAGCCCUCCAUCUCUGGGACGUUCGGACUGAAAGGUAUGAACAAGGUAGAGGAGAAGCUAAAGGCUGGUCGUGUGAAGAGAUCAGAGGGAGGUCUGUUCAGCGAGGAGCCCCAGAGGAAGAACCCUGGCCCAGCCUCCAGAAGAGACCCACUACCCCUCACCUCUGGUACUCCAGCAGAGGCCCAGUGGCAGCAUGCCAUCUCAGAGCGAGGGGAGGUGCUCUGUCCUACCUGCUCCAUUGUCACCAGAAAGACCGUCUCCGGCCUUAAGAAACACAUGGAGAUCUGCCAAAAGCUCCAGGAUGCCCUGAAGUGCCAGGAGUGCCACAAACAGUUUAGGUCCAAGGCCGGACUCAACUACCAUACAAUGGCUGAGCACAGCAGCAAGGCCUCGGGGAGCGAGGGCCAGACGGGGGACAGGCAGGAGGAGAGAGAGAGGCUGCGCAGAGUGCUCAAACAGAUGGGACGAAUCAAGUGUCCUAACGAGGGCUGCUCGGCCCAUUUCUCCAGUCUAAUGGGGUACCAGUACCAUCAGAAGCGCUGUGGCAGAGAGCUGUCAGAGGAGGACAAGCCUGUGUUUCUGUGUCAGCACUGUGGGAAGACCUACCGCUCCAAGGCUGGCAGAGACUACCACCUCCGCACUGAACACCGUACCCCCACCACCCCAAACACCACCAACAUCAACGAUACCAACAACACUAACGCCAGCAGAGGGGUGAGCACAGAGGACUCCCAGACACAGCUUGGGGGAAGGAGGGAGCUGAACCACACGGAGAGAGAGAGGAAGGAAAAGGAGAAGUGGCAAGAGUUGUCUGCAGGUAGGGAGAAAGAGAGAGAGGAGGGGAGAGAGAGGGGUGGGGAGAGAGAGGGGCUGGGGGAGGACUUUGAGAGGACUCCCAGUGGUAGGGUGAGACGUCGGUCGGCCCAGGUAGCAGUGUUCCACCUGCAGGAGAUAGCAGAGGAUGAACUGACCAAGGACUGGGGAACCAAGCGCCGCAUCAAAGAUGACCUAGUACCGGACAGCAAGAGGUUGAACUACACUCGACCUGGCCUUCCCAAGUUCAGUCCCAAGCUGCUGGAGAGCUGGAAGAACGAGGUCAAAGAGAAGGGUUUCCUCUGCUGCUCAAACGGAAGCUGUGAAGCUGUUUACUCCAGUGUGUCUGGGCUCAAAGCUCAUCUAGCCAACUGUAACCAGGCAGGGGGCGACGCAGGGAAGUACACCUGCUUAUUGUGUCAGAAGGAAUUCAGCUCAGAAAGUGGUGUCAAGUACCACAUCAGCAAGACACAUUCACAGAACUGGUUCCGAGCCUCUAGCCAUGUGGUGCCCAGCAGCAGCAAGAGCAAACCGGCAGAAAAUAAAGAGUUUGAGAAAAAGGAGGUUAAGAACGGUGCCACCACAGGAAAGAAGAGAGGCCGCAAGCCCAAAGAGCACCCCCCUCAGGCCACCCCUCUCCAAACAAAGACUCCUUUCAGUUCCACCCAAAUCUCAUCCUCCACCCCCACCCCGAACCCAAGUUCAGCCGCCACCCCGAACACGGCCCAAGUCCAGCACCAAGCCCAGUCCCCGACAGAGAGGGUGAACCUGGAGACCCCGACAUUUAACAGACAGCCCAACCCCCCUACCACAAGGAAGGGAAAGACCAAGAGGGUUUCCCCUCCCUCAGAGUAGAUCUGCUUUCACUAACCCAGGAGCCAGAGAGGAUGCUAUCUCUCUGACGUGCCAUCCACAUUACGCCAGUAAGCUCAAAGACGCUAUGGACGACACGAGGACUGGGGGACAGCGAACAAAACUAAAAAUAACCAUAGAGACAUGAAAACAAUUAGAUCAUGCUUUUGAUUUGACUCUGAUCUUUGUGUUUUAACCCUAUACUGUAUAAGGUGUAUGUGUCUACUGGUAUAUGCUGAUGUAACAGUUCAUUUUUUUCUCCAUUCCAUUUCUAAGCAUCAUUUCAGUUAAGCUAUUCACAACAGGGAUUAAUUGUAAUCAAAGUUCAAAUCCAACUCAAUAUAUAAAUAGCAUUUUCUAAACAAAAGUCAUAUUUCAAUAGAAUUUUGCAUAAUUCCCUAUACAUGUCUGUAGAUUCAUGUUGUGCUUGAGAGAUUUUUUAAAGGAUAUUCUAUUAGCAUGGUGAGGUAAUUUACUGCUAGUGAUUUUUCAAUGGAUAUACUGUACUGUGUAUAUAUACAAUAUCUAUAUCUAUAUAUCUAUAUACUCAAAGCAAUGACGUCAUCCAUAGUUUUUUCAAGGCAGGAAGGUCAAAUUUGCAUUUUGUUGUUUUCCACUUUGGCGUCUUAAGUUAGUUUUUCAUUGUGGCAGCUGAAUGCCGAAGUAGAGAUCUUUUUUUCAUCAGUCUGCUUCAGUGCAAUACACUCAUUGUGUUUUGGCCCAGAGUACACACUGUUACGCAUAAAUCAAACUCUUUCUUCUGUUAUUAUGCUGUUCAAGUAUUUAUAGUCAUUUUGUUCAUUUCAAAUUUACACUGAAAUGGGGGAUUUAUUUUUUAUUUUACAUAUGAUAUGAGAUUUUAUCAAUUUUUGAGACAGUAAUUAUACCUUGGGGCACAAGAGUAUGAUUGAGGAUGUUUACGCAAACAUUUCUAAACUAAAAUCUGUAUCUACACCAAGCAAUGUAAACGGCAUAUUCACAAAGUUUGAAGAUGAAAAAAUGUUGUUGAAUAUAUGUUUCCACUGCUUUUGUUGCUAAUUAUGGACUAAAUGCUGAAUCAGAGGGAAAGUAUUUGACCAGAGUUGCACCAUUGCAGCACAAUCAAAUGAGUUGUCACCAUUUUGGAGAUUGAAGUCCAAAUUGAGGAUGAUCUGGAAAAAUCUACUUGCUCUUGUUUGAAUGAAAUAAUUCAGAAAAGGGAGUGGCAUAUGUCUUUUUUAUAGAAAAUUGAAGUCAGUUUGAAAAUAAUAUUUUAUGAAACGAAAAAGAAAUCCUGCAAAUAUAGUUUCUAAAAACACUUGUCUUGCACUAACCCUAACCCUUCCCUCCCUUCCCCUGUUGUGUCUUUCUGCACUUGAAGAGCACUGCUAAUCUUUUCCCCCAACAUUAAUGCUCCUGAAGAGGCUGCCCUUAGACACAGAUCUAGGAACCAGCCUGCCCUCCCUAAAUUCUAACCUUAACCAUUAUGGGCAAAGACACAAAACUGGCCAUAGGUCCGUGUCUAAGGGGCAGUUUCACCCUACUCAAACCUUAACCCCCUAUAUGGGGGGUUGUAACCAGGACUAAAAAAGAACCCGAGUGGUGUCCAAAAAGAAGUACUUUUAGUCCUCUGUGACCCGCAUUCUAACCAGAUUCAAUGACAAAUGGGAAACUAACAGGGCCACCUGUCUAACUCAGAAUCCUAACAAAGCCAUAAAUGAUCCUCAGAAAUGCAAAACAUUUAGGCUGUUUUACCAGUCAUAACUGUUUUAUUGUAAAAUGAAUUAAGUCUAAAUUAAAUGUCUUUAAUUUAUGAAAAAUACUAGCAUGUGCAAUCAGAGAAUUUUAAGAUGUUAUCUAUGUAAUAAUUACUUAAAGUAGAUACUUGAAUUCACACAAAACAAAUGACGUAAUUUGAUUGAAAUAAAACCCCUAAAAUCUUUCAUUUAUAUUUAUAUCAAUAGAGCAGAAUAGCUUGCUCUCAAAGCUACAGAUCUAUUUUAUAAUCACGUGUGUAUAUUAUCUAGUUAAUAUGAUAGCAAGGGGAGUUUGUAAAAAGUGAAUGGUUAUAUGGUGCAAUUUAAUCAGUCUGCUUGUUCAUCCAGCACAGUUUUUCCUAAAAUUGUCCUAAAAUUGUACUUUGCAUUAUGUCCAAAUACAGAUACUUAACUCAUACCAUAAUGUAAUAUUAACCCUUGUGCUGACAUUUUGUGUUCCUCAAGUUAGGAUUCAGCCCAAUAUCACCAUUGCAAUUGAAUUAGAUUUUGUAGAUGUCAGCCUACAUUGCUUUAAUCGAUAAUGGUCUAUUUGGGGAUGAUAGGAAUUCUCAAAGGGAUAGUGUGAGAUUUGGGCAAUCAAGUCAGAUGAACUCAUGGAUACCAUUUCAUGUCUCUGCGUCCAGUUUGAAGGAAGUUCAAGGUAUUUUCUGGAGCGAUUGUUAAUGACUGGAAGUCUAUGGGAUCAGCUAGCUUAAUUGCAAAAAUCUCUCACUAUCCCUUUCACGAAGGACUGGGUGUAGGCUACAUCCCGUACAUUGCAUUACGAUGAAAUACCUACCGUAUUGUUAUAUUCACAUUUGAUAGAUGAACAACAGAGGUUAGAUAGACAAGCACUGACGGUACCUUGCGCUUUUCAAAUCCAGUUGUUCAGACCUUGGCCCUUGGCUCUCAUCUAGUGACUGGCUUGUGUGUAUAGGGAGAAUGAGAACCGUGGCUCUCAUCUAGUGACUGGCUUGUGUGUAUAGGGAGAAUGAGCACCGUGGCUCUCAUCUAGUGACUGGCUUGUGUGUAUAGGGAGAAUGAGAACCGUGGCUCUCGUCUAGUGACUGGCUUGUGUGUAUAGGGAGAAUGAGAACCGUGGCUCUCGUCUAGUGACUGGCUUGUGUGUAUAGGGAGAAUGAGAACCGUGGCUCUCGUCUAGUGACUGGCUUGUGUGUAUAGGGAGAAUGAGAACCUUGGCUCUCGUCUAGUGACUGGCUUGUGUGUAUAGGGAGAAUGAGAACCGUGGCUCUCGUCUAGUGACUGGCUUGUGUGUAUAGGGAGAAUGAGAACCGUGGCUCUCGUCUAGUGACUGGCUUGUGUGUAUAGGGAGAAUGAGCACCUUGGCUCUCAUCUAGUGACUGGCUUGUGUGUAUAGGGUGAAUGAGAACCUUGACUCUCAUCUAGUGACUGGCUUGUGUGUAUAGGGAGAAUGAGAACCUUGGCUCUCAUCUAGUGACUGGCUUGUGUGUAUAGGGAGAAUGAGAACCGUGGCUCUCGUCUAGUGACUGGCUUGUGUGUAUAGGGAGAAUGAGAACCUUGGCUCUCGUCUAGUGACUGGCUUGUGUGUAUAGGGAGAAUGAGCACCUUGGCUCUCAUCUAGUGACUGGCUUGUGUGUAUAGGGAGAAUGAGCACCGUGGCUCUCGUCUAGUGACUGGCUUGUGUGUAUAGGGAGAAUGAGCACCGUGGCUCUCAUCUAGUGACUGGCUUGUGUGUAUAGGGAGAAUGAGAACCGUGGCUCUCAUCUAGUGACUGGCUUGUGUGUAUAGGGAGAAUGAGCACC